AUGCUGCCCCGGGUGCGCGCAGCCGUUGCGCAGCUGGUGGCAGGACUGGGCACGGGGGCGAGCGGGCAGCCCCCGGCCGAGCCCCGGGGAGGUGGCGGCAGCGGCUACGGCGGGACCGGGGGGUCCUCGGCGGGGCCUUCCUCCUCCUGCUGCCGUCCGGCUUUCCUGCAGCUGACCCCCGAGGAGCUGCGCCGCGCCGGGGACCACACGGGCAGGGCCGUGCAGAGCCCCCGCGACGGCCGCCGCCGACUGCCCUGGAGCACGGGCUACGCCGAGGUGAUAAAUGCAGGGAAGAGCCAGCACAAUGAGGACCAGGCAUGCUGCGAGGUGGUGUUUGUGGAGAGGAGGCCAAGCCCCAGGGCCCGGCUGCCAUCCAGGGAAGGUGGCAGGGAGCUGGAUGGGGGCAGGAAGGGGUUUUAUUUCCACUACUGGGCCCUGUUUGAUGGCCACGCAGGCAGCGGUGCUGCUGUCAUGGCAUCCAAGAAGCUCCAUCUGCACAUCUGUGAGCAGCUCCGGGACCUCGUGGACAUCCUGCAGGACCCCUCCCCACCUCCCAUCUGUCUCCCACACGACGUGAGGGCUUGCCCCACAGAGCAGAGCUGGGUCCCCCUCACAGAGGAUGAUGGGGAGGUCCCCAACAACGCCUUGCCACGGUUUCACCUGGAGAAAGCAGUCUCCCAUGAGAGCCUGGUGAUCGGUGCCAUCGAGAAUGCCUUCAAGCUCAUGGAUGACCAAAUCGAGCGGGAAAGGGCUUCCCAGCGCCUACCUGGGGGCUGCUGUGCCCUGGCUGCCAUCUACAUCAUGGGCAAGUUCUAUGUGGCCAAUGCUGGUGACAGCAGGGCCAUUAUCAUCCGUAAUGGGGAAAUCAUUCCAAUGUCCAGGGAGUUUACUCCAGAGACAGAGAGGCAGAGGCUGCAGUUUUUAGCGUUCCUGAGGCCUGAGCUGCUGGGGAAGGAAUUCACCCACCUCGAGUUCCCCCGCAGGAUCCAGCCCAAGGAGCUGGGGAAGAAGAUGCUGUAUAGAGACCAAAACAUGAAUGGCUGGGCUUACAAAAAAAUUCAAGAAGAUGAUUUGAAGUUUCCACUCAUCUAUGGGGAAGGCAAAAAGGCUCGGGUGAUGGCCACGAUUGGGGUCACACGGGGCCUGGGAGACCACGACCUCAGGGUGUUCAGCUCCAACAUCCACAUCAAACCUUUCCUGUCCUGCUUCCCAGAGGUCCGGGUGUAUGACCUCACGCAGUAUGAGCACUGUCCUGAUGAUGUGCUGGUCCUGGGCACUGAUGGGCUCUGGGAUGUCACCAACGACAAGGAGGUGGCUGGUGUGGUGAUGGAGGUGCUGACAAGCUAUGAGCCCAAUGAUCCAUGCAGGUACACCAUGGUGGCCCAGGAGCUGGUGGUACGGUCCAGAGGGGUGCUGAAGGAGCGGGGCUGGCGGCUGGCCAACGACAAGCUGGGCUCUGGUGAUGACAUCUCUGUCUUCGUGAUCCCUCUGGGUGGCCCAGGCAACUACACAUGA